GCGGGCCCGGCCGCGCGCGGGCUAUGGAGGAGCGGGGCGGUCGCGCCGGCGGCUUCAGGAAGGACACCGUGGAUCGGCUUCUCCGCCUCCAUUUCCGGGACGGGAGGACCCGAGUUAACGCGGACGCGCAGCUGCUGAUGGCCGAGCUGCUGAAGGUCUUCGUCCGAGAAGCAGCGGCACGGGCAGCUCGGCAGGCCCAGGCCGAGGACCUGAACAAGGUGGAUAUUGAACAGCUGGAGAAAGUAUUGCCACAGCUGCUUCUGGAUUUCUAGAGGCCUCCUGAAGCACAUGUCGCCUGUCAGCAGACAGUCCUGGCCUGACACGUGUCUCAGCCUCAGAGACACUCUGGGACAGUCUCAGCUUUUUCUUCCUCUGCCAUUUUGCUUGUUUCCUCUCUCCCUUACCAAGCACAACACAGCCCAAAGCAACGAUGCUGUCAGAUACCAUUUUUGAGAAGAGGGUGCCACAGGCUUAAUUUGUUCAGCUGAGUACAUAACUGGUUUCCAUCUUGCUGCCCUACUCCUGUAACAGAGGCCAGUAUUUCACAACAUGGUAAGAAGCUGUUGCUUUCUCAGCUAAUGUGAGAAAGAGGUGCUGCUUCACAGAGAUGCAUGGAAAGACUUAAUGGCUGGGAAUACUGUCCAGCCUUCAGGCUCUCAUUGCCUCAAGCAGGCAGCUGUAACAGCAACUCCAGGUGCAGCUCCAAGCCUUCCAAUGAAUAGGUCAUUAACAGGAGCUUAGUCACAGGCUCUUGCCAAAAGCAGGUAACUGAUCUUUAUUUUAUAAAUAAACAGUGUCUGUCCCUCA